AUGGCCGACGAGCUCGCUGAAAUUAACGGUAUUGCGCCCAAUGUUAUUCUUGAAGAGGGCGAAGAAAAAGAAGUCGGUUCAUCGUCGAGGUUCGUUAAAGGUCAACCCGUGAAUGCACGAACGUGCAAACACCUGAAGUCCCUGCUUGGGGAUGACUACGAGGCCGCUAGACUGGAAUUGAAGGGCGGCAGCAGCCCUCCAGUCAAAACUUCGAAGGCGAAGCCUGCUCCAAAGGCAAAAACUGCAGCGAAACGGAAGAAGCCUGCGGAUGAAGACGAGGAGGGCGAAGAGGAAGAAGAAAAGCCGGCAAAGCGAGGUCGCAAAGCACCAGCGUCCGGUUCCAAGUCGAAACCAGCGUCGAAAGCGAAGCCAUCUUCUAGGCGUGGAAAGCCUGUGGACGAGGAUGAGCAGGAUGACGACGAAGAGGAAGAGGAGGAAGAGAGACCCGCCAAGAGAGCAAGGAAGGCUCCUACCUCGAAGGUAUCCUCCAAGCCACCUUCUAAGACGACCAAGGUCGAGCCAGAGGAGGCCAAUGACGACGAUGUUAUGGUCGUUGAUUCAAACGAGGAAUUGGCUGAAAUUGAUGGUAUUAAACCCAAGGUCAUCCUAGCCGAUGGCGAGGUGAAAGAAGUCAAGUCAGCCACGAGCAAAUCCGUGUACAAAGUGAAAAGGAGCUUUGAUCACUUCCAUUGUUCAUGUCCAGCCUGGCGGAAUCAGAAAGGUGCUCAGGUUAACGCUCGUACCUGCAAGCAUCUCCAGUCGCUUCUGGGCGAGGAAUACGAGGCCGCUCGUUUACAGCUCAAGGGAGGACAGAAGUCUUCCGCGAGCAAGCCACCUUCCAAGAAGCCCGCGAGCAAGCGCUCUGUGAAGGCAGACAGCGAGGCCGAAAAACCGGCCAGUAAAACAAAACAAGCGCCCGCUUCUAAGGGUAGUGCACGAGUCAAGAAAGAACUGGAAGAAGUUAAAGAGGAGGACAAAGAGGCCGAAGGUGAUGGCGACGAGGAGAUGGCUUCCGUGAACGACGAGAACGAGGCCCCUGACGGAGAUGACGAGCUGGCUGUCAUUAAUGGUAUCAAGCCCAAGGUUUACCUCAAGGACGGGGAACAGACUGAAGUCAAGUCAGCUUCGAGCAAUUCGAUGUACAAGGUCAAGCGAACUUGGGAUCAUUACUACUGGAGCUUGGCUGACAUCCCAUCGUUCCAGGGUGGCUGCCCCGUUAACGCUCGCACUUGCAAGCAUCUUCAAGGUCUUCUAGGAGCGGACUACGAAGCCGCGCGUCUCAAGUGGAAGAACCCAGACGGCCCCGCUCCCAGGACCGCUGCCGCGAAGGGUAAAGGCAAGGGGAAGAGUGAUGCGCCCUCCUCUUCCACCAAGUCCGUACCGGAUCUCUUGCUGGCUAACAAAUGGGAUUUUGAAACCGGCAUUGACCCGACUGGAUGGUGGAUCUCCGAAAAGUUGGAUGGUGUGCGCGUUUUGAUUAGCGCCUUUUGGGAUGGAAAGCAGUUCUUUAGUCGGCUUGGGAAUCCCUUCACACCACCUAAAUGGUUCCUGGAAACGCUGCCUAAAGAUGUCAAACUGGACGGUGAACUCUUCGGUGGCCGACAGCAAUUCCAAUCAACCGUAUCAGUCGUUAAAACUGUCAACUCACCGCACUGGAAAGGCAUCAGUUUCCAGGUUUUCGACAUCCCUUCGAAGGCAUCGGAUCCGUUCGAGAAGAGGCUUGAGACGCUGGACGCCCUCUUCGGCGAGGGCGGGUCGCACAAGUGCUCGCAUGUGUCUAUCGUCGAGCAUGUGCUUGCCAAAAGUCGGGAUCACGUCCUUGAGAAAUUGAAGGAGAUUGAAGAGUUGGGCGGCGAAGGUCUCAUGUUACGAAAACCCCAGUCUAAGUACGAAGGCUCCCGUUCCAACACCCUCUUAAAAGUGAAGACUUUUUAUGAUGCCGAAGCUGUCGUUACUGGCUACGAACCAGGCAAAGGGCGAAAUGCAGGUGUCACGGGAGCCCUGAAGUGUAAAAUGGCUUCAGGGAAGACCUUCAACGUUGGUACGGGAUUGAGCGACAAACAGCGCAAAAACCCUCCCAAGAUAGGCUCAAUCAUUGUUUACCGCUUCCAAGAGUUGACGAGGGAUAAAGUUCCUCGGUUCCCAAGUUUUAUCGGUGAAGCGGCUGACAAGACUGAACCCAAGGAUGCGGACAUUCCUCCCAGCAGGAUUGCUGGAGCAUCCGGUGCGGAUGCGUGA